CCAAAGCUCAACUUCAUGGAUUCCCAGCAGGAGGACUUGAGCCUCCCUGGCGUGUGGGUCUCACUGUACUUUGGAUUCCUGGGGCUGUGUUCUGUGGUAACCGGCGGCUGCAUUCUCCUUCUGCACUGGAGGAAGAACCUGCGGCGGGAAGAACGAGCCCAGCAGUGGGUGGAGGUGAUGAAAGUUGCCACGUUCACCUAUAGCCCACUGUUGUACUGGAUUAAUAAGCGACGGCACUAUGGCAUGAAUGCAGCCAUCAACACAGGCCCUCCCCCGGCUGUCACCAAGACUGAGACUGAGGUCCAGAAUCCAGAUCCUUGGUGGGAGUUGGACAUCCCCGAAGGCAGGAGCUAUGCUGUCCAAGACAGUAACCCCAAAGCGGAGGCCCCGGUUGCCUUGCAACCUGCACGGCAGCUGCCCCCACAGGAGCCCCUACCUUCCCCGAUGUCAAUGUUGCAGCCCCAGGCCAGCUCCCCGCUCCCAAUUCCCAUCUUUCGGGAGGCACCCUUUCCCCUAUCCCUCUGCAACCUGCCUCCCAUGCUGAACCACUCUGUCUCCUACCCUCUGGCCACCUCUUCUGAAAGGAAUGUCCACUUCCACUCCCUUCCCACACUGGCCCACGGAGACCACCGCUUCAAUGCCAAGCCUUUUGCGUCAGAAUUGUAG